GCCCAGCACGGAAAGGCGAAGUGCAGGCAGCAGGCUUUGUGGAGAUGACAACCUGAAAGCCAGGGCUGAACUGUGUGCUUGAGACCGAAGGGGACGCCUGUUUGGUUACAGCUGAAGUCGUCCACCGACGCUGAACUGGAAAUCCGUUACUCUGGAGGAAAAAAUGAACUGCAGGAGUGCAUGCUGUAACCACUGGUCAUCUGAGGAGAGGUUAGAUGGGAAAACAGUGAUCAUCACCGGAGCCAACACUGGCAUUGGCAAGGAAACAGCCAGGGAUCUAGCAAGAAGAGGUGCCCGCAUCAUUAUGGCUUGCAGAGACGUGGAGAGGGCCGAGGAGGCUCGGGCGGACAUUUUGGAGGACACGGGAAAUGAGAACAUUGUCAUCAGGAAACUGGAUCUGUCUGAUAAAAAGUCCAUCAGGGCUUUUGCUCAACUCAUUUGCAAAGAAGAGAAGCAAGUGAACAUCCUGAUAAACAAUGCAGGCAUCAUGAUGUGUCCUUAUUCCAAGACAGUGGAUGGCUUUGAAAUGCAGCUGGGAGUUAAUCAUUUGGGCCACGUCCUCUUGACCUACUUGCUGCUCGACCUCAUCAAACGCUCAACCCCAGCACGCAUUGUCGUCGUGUCAUCGGUGGCCCACACUUGGACUGGGAUUCGACUUGACGACAUUAACAGCGAAAGGAGUUACGAUGCUAUGAAGGCUUAUGGGCAAAGCAAGCUGGCUAAUGUCCUGUUUGCACGUUCCCUAGCCAAGAGACUACAAGGAACUGGCGUCAGUGUCUUUUCUCUGCACCCCGGGGUGGUCCAGUCGGACCUGUGGCGUCACCAGCACCAGUGCAUACAAGUAGCGGUGAAGAUCUUCAGGAUUUUCACCAAGACAACAGUGGAGGGGGCACAAACCACCAUCUUUUGCGCUGUGGAACCAGGCCUGGAGAGCCGGAGUGGAAGCUAUUUCAGUUUAGUGACUGUGCGCCUGCACGCUGCUCAAGGACCGCUGCUGAUGAUGACUUGGCCCAGAGGCUGUGGGAGGUGAGCUGUGACAUGCUCGGCAUCACCUGGCAAUGAAGAGCAGCGGGCGAACCGUGCGCUACACGCUUCACAUUUCUAAAGCACUGUUAUGCACUUUUUAUAGAUCCGUUACUUUUGUGAAAAUGGUGGCUGUAGUGAGUGAAGUUAAGUUGUAAAGCAAUGGAGACUGUUCCUGCGAGCUCUGCUUGAUUUUAUACAGCACAGAUAAUGCGUUGAAUUACUUACCUGAGUUAUGUUUAUUCCGAUGUAAAAGCUUUUUAAGCUUUCAAAAUACGUGGUUGUUGACGGUAUUUAUUUGUUGUGUAUAUCUCGUACUAAAAUGGAGCUUUGCCAUGGCAAUAAGUUAACCAGCAUGUUGUGCUUUAGUUGAAUAUGGACCCAGCUGCUAAUGUCAGUCAUACAAUCUGUGCAUCACUUUUAAUUUAGCAAAUUCAUUAUCAGGCUCUAAUGUAGUACAGCCCUCUGUGUUAUAUUAGUAAUUAUCCUAACUAUAUUACAACAAAGUUUGAACAGAUUCAAAAAUGCUGUUCCAGGGCAGCUAUUUACUCUGUUGUUUAUAUUUACAAUUUUUUACAAGUGUUGACAUGUUCAAAAAACAGGACACACCAAACUAUGGUCUAGUGAUAAGAGGAAGGAGACUCUAAAAUGUGAACUGUUACUUAAAGAUGUUGCCGAUGCUAAUAAUUUCCCAUUAGAUAUUUACAAAAAAUAAUCUGAAUUCUAAGGAGGCAGAGCACAUAGAGGACAGAUUGCAUAAAGCAGCUCUGAGAGAAGAGAGGACACGUUGAAAAUCUUGCUUUGUUUGAACCUUUUUCAAAUCUUCCUGUACAUUUAUUGAUCAGUAAAAAUCAGAUCCCUGUAAAUGUUUUUUUUUUUAAAUUUGUAUUAUUAUUAUUACUAUAGAGCUGUGUAUUGCAUCUGGUCGAGUCGCACAUUCUGCAGUUUCGAGUGCUUUUUUUCUCUUAAAUGUGUGAAGGUAAAUAACAUCUGUGAAAUGGCUGAACUGAGGUAAUGGGUUGCAACACAACAAAGCUCUAAAAUGCCAGCAUGCUGACCUUUGACAGUGAUGUGAACCAUGCUGUAUAACAGCAUGACAUCUUGUAUAUAAUAAACGUUUUAA